UGGUCAGAUACAAUGGCGGCCGCAACGAUGUCUUGGGACGACGGGAAGCACAUGAAGGUGAAAAGAGUGCAGAUUACAUAUGAAGAUGUUAUCAACUCCAUAGAGGCUGAAUACGACGGAGACACUCAUAACCCUCACCGUCACGGCACUCCUGGCAAGAAAUCUGACGGCGUGAGCUUGAGCCCUGACGAGUACAUAACAGAUGUUACUGGCUACUACAAAACUACGGGGGCUGAAGAUGCUAUAGCAGCCUUGGCUUUUAAGACCAAUAAAACCGAAUAUGGUCCUUACGGAAACAAAACAAGGAACCAAUUCUCCAUUCAUGCACCCAAAGAUAAUCAGAUUGCUGGUUUUCAAGGAAUUAGCAGCAAUGUCCUCAACUCUAUUGACGUCCACUUUGCUCCCUUACCUUCCCCCUCCUCCACGUCGUCGUCCGGUUUGAGUCAAGCCAACAAAGUUGAUGCUCAAGGUGGGAAAGGAGGAACAUCAUGGGACGAUGGUGCUCAUGAUCAUGUAAGAAGAGUGUACACUGGACAAGGUGAUUCUGGUGUCACUUAUGUCAAGUUCGAGUACGAGAAGGACGGUAAGAAGGAAUCACGCGAACACGGAAAGAAGACCUUGCUAGGAGCAGAAGUGUUUGAGGUUGAUCCAGACGACUACAUCACAUCAGUGGAGGUGCAAUCCGACAAGAUAUUUGGGCAAGACACGGAAGUUAUCACCUCCUUAAUCUUCAAAACAUCCAAGGGAAAAAUCUCACCACCCUUUGGACUCGAGGGUUCACAAAAAUAUGAACUCAAGGACAAGAAUGGUGGCAAACUAGUUGGGUUCCAUGGACGAGUAGGCGAACUUCUUCAUGCUCUGGGAGCUUAUUUCGCUCCUUCAUCCGGUGGUAGUCGUACUCCUUCAGCCACUCAGCCAGCUGGAUCAGCUCAGUCAGCCGGAUCAGCUGGUGCCAAGAAACUAGAAGCAAAAGGUGGUAACGUGGGAAAUCCAUGGGACGAUGGUCCUCAUGAUGGUGUGAGGAAAGUGUAUAUAGGUCAGGGCGAUUCCGGUGUAUCAUACGUCAAGUUCGUCUACGACAAGGACUCUAAGGAGGUCCCCGGAAAUGAUCAUGGGAAAAGAACACUACUUGCACCUGAAGAGUUCGUGCUUGAAUAUCCGAACGAACAUAUAACAUCGGUGGAGAUUAACUACGACAACAUAUUUGGAAAUGAAGGUGAAAUUAUAACGAUGCUUAGGUUCACUACUAACAAGCGAACCUCUCCACCUUUUGGACUUGAAGGUGCCAAAAGCGUCCUACUCAAAGAAGAUGGCCACAAGGUCGUUGGGUUCCAUGGCAAAGCCGGUGCUGACAUAAUUCACCAAGUUGGAGUCCAUGUCAAGCCCAUUUCCAAGUGAAGUUUUUAAUCUUUUCUCAAAGUCUCAGUCUAAUAAAUAAAAAUGAGCUAUAAAAAAGCUCUGUUCUAGAAAUUGUCAUUGUACGUGUGUAAAUGGUAAAUAAGGUCUUUCACGCACUUUGCCUAUGUGUUACUUGUGUGUUGUUUGUGUUUGUGUUUCAAUGUCUCCUUAUGUUGUACUUGAGUUUGUAACACUGUUUAUAAGGUGUAUAUAUAUAUAAUCUUGGUUACGUUGU